AAGACAAAAACAAAUCUUGUAGUAAUCUGUGUGCAGAGCGGUAAACACCGUCUCUUGCCCUCUAUGGUGACAGAAAGCCUUGGACGUCUGUUACGGGCGCCUCUAUGUGUUCUACUAGUCUUCGAUGGCUUGCAAUGCAAGAACUAUAGAAACAAGAAUACAAUUUAUUGUUUCUUUUCUUAGAAAUUCCUGAAUCAGUUCGGCUACCUCUCAUCGUUUUCUCGUUCCGGCGGAAUCCACGACACGACAAAAGCAAUCACGAAAUACCAGGAGUUCAUGGAACUGAAGGUCACCGGUAAACUGGACGAUGCCACACUCAAGGAGAUGCAAAAUAGCGAUUUGGAAACAAGGAUAUGCACAACGGAUUGUCACUGCGUGGGCGUCGCUUCAAGACCUAUACUCGAUGGAGGAAGACGGACCUCUCCUACUACCUCCAGUUCGGAGACGAUAUCUCCGAGUCGGAGCAAGUGCGCGUGUUCAAACUCGCGUUCGACAUCUGGGCCAAUGCGGCACCUAGACUCAAGUUCACAAGAACAAUGUUUUGGUUGGCAUACCCAUGCUGGUGUUCCUGGGGAGAAACAAUGCUCCUCGAGCUUCGAUAGCUGGAAUGGCGUGCUCGCGCAUGCGUACUUCCCCCCAGACGGCAGAAUCCAUUUUGACGAGUACGAGUGGUGGCACCCGUGGCAGAAGAGGGUUCUCAUCAGGGCCGCCCUUCCGAUGGUUGCAGCACAUGAGAUCGGUCACGCCCUGGGUCUGGAGCAUUCCUCGGUAAAGGGAUCAAUCAUGUGGCCGACAUGUUGCGAGAGCAGCCUUAAAUAAAUAAGGAUAAUAAAGAUGCUUAUGCAGA